CAGCGCGCCGCCUCCUCAGUGCGCCUCGGCCGCUGCUCCUGUACGCAUCUGUCCUCCGCGGUCCCGGUUCUGGAUGAAGGCAUGUAGGACGGGCUGUGGCGGUCCGAGCAGCAUGUAGCACCUGGAGCUGCGCGCACAUCGCCUCCUCCUUUUCCUCCUCCUCUUCCUCUCGGCUCUGCGGGCUGCGCGCCUCCCGGAUAUUUCCUCCGGUCGGCAUCGCCUUCAGCGGGAUUUUUCGGGGCUCCUGUCGGGGGCGGGUGGGGGGUUCGGCGCUCCGGCCUGGUGAAGAGGAGAAGAGGAGCGAGCCUUCAUCACUUCCCGGUCGAUGGUCGUUGAGGAAGCUUCCAUCUUGAGUCGCGCUUCUACCGACGGAACCAUGGCGAGCGACUCCCCGGCGCGGAGUCUGGAUGAGAUAGACCUGUCUGCACUACGGGACCCGGCUGGGAUCUUUGAGCUGGUCGAACUGGUUGGAAACGGCACCUAUGGGGCAGUUUAUUCAGGUCGCCAUGUCAAAACGGGCCAGCUCGCUGCCAUCAAGGUCAUGGACGUCACCGGAGAUGAGGAAGAGGAGAUUAAAGCUGAGAUUAACAUGCUGAAGAAGUACAGUCACCACAGGAACAUUGCGACAUAUUAUGGCGCCUUCAUCAAGAAGAACCCUCCAGGAAUGGACGACCAGCUCUGGCUGGUGAUGGAGUUCUGUGGCGCCGGAUCGGUGACGGACCUGAUCAAGAACACCAAAGGGAACUCCCUGAAGGAGGAGUGGAUCGCCUACAUCUGCAGAGAGAUCCUCAGGGGAUUAACCCACCUCCACCAGCACAAAGUCAUCCACAGAGACAUAAAGGGGCAGAACGUGCUGCUGACGGAAAACGCAGAGGUUAAGCUGGUGGACUUUGGUGUGAGCGCCCAGCUGGACCGGACGGUGGGGCGAAGGAACACGUUCAUCGGGACGCCGUACUGGAUGGCACCGGAGGUCAUCGCCUGCGAUGAGAACCCGGACGCCACCUACGACUUCAAGAGUGAUCUGUGGUCGCUCGGCAUCACCGCCAUAGAGAUGGCAGAGGGAGCUCCACCUCUGUGCGACAUGCAUCCCAUGAGAGCGCUCUUCCUCAUCCCCAGAAACCCGGCGCCGAGGCUCAAGUCAAAGAAGUGGUCCAAGAAGUUCCAGUCGUUCAUCGAGAGCUGCCUGGUGAAGAGCCACAGCCAGCGGCCGAGCACCGAGCAGCUGCUGAAGCACCCCUACAUCCGAGACCUGCCCAACGAGCGCCAGGUCCGCAUCCAGCUGAAGGACCACAUCGACCGGACCAAGAAGAGGGGGAGAGAGAGAGAGACGGAGUAUGAGUACAGCGGGAGCGAGGAAGAGGAUGAAGACCGGGACAUCGGAGAGCCCAGCUCAAUCAUCAACAUUCCCGGAGAGUCGACUCUGAGGCGGGACUUCCUGCGCCUCCAGCUGGCCAAUAAGGAGCGCUCGGAGCUGAUCCGGCGCCAGCAGCUGGAGCAGCAGCAGAACGAGGAGCACAAGCGCCAACUACUGGCUGAGAGGCAGAAACGCAUCGAGGAGCAGAAGGAGCAGCGGCGGCGGCUAGAGGAGCAGCAGCGCCGGGAGCGGGAGCUGAGGAAGCAGCAGGAGCGGGACCAAAGGAGGCGCUACGAGGAGAUGGAGCAGCUCCGCCGGGAGGAGGAGAGGAGGCACGCAGAGAGAGAGCAGGAGUACAAGAGGAAGCAGAUCGAGGAGCAGCGGCAGGCGGAGCGGCUGCAGCGGCAGCUGCAGCAGGAGCGCGCCUACCUGGUGUCGCUGCAGCAGCAGCAGCAGGAGCCGCCGCGGCCGCCGCAGGACAAGAAGCAGCUGUACCACUACAAGGACCAGGCGCCGGGCAGCAACGACAAGCCCGCCUGGGCCAAAGAGGUGAUGCGCCGCGCUCAGAGCAACUCGCCCCGCGUCCCGCCCAAGAAGUACCACUCCUUCAUGGAGACGCGGGACGUCAACCUGGACAACCUGCUGCUGCCGGGUUACCGGCCGCCCAGGCCCCGCCCCCCGUCCUACCCGGCCCACGUCAGCCCGACCCGGGACAACCUCAACCUGCCCAGGAUCCGGAUCACCUGCCUGCCGGAGCCGGCCGUGCGGCGCCAGAGUCCCGGCGGGAGCCCCGUGAGGCAGCCGGAGUCCAGGGGGCGGAGCCCCGCCCGCCGGGUGGAGGAGCAUUAUAAGAUGAACAGACAGGAUUCUCCUGCGUUGCAGCAUAAAGUCUCCAACCGGAUCUCCGACCCGGCCCUGCCGCCCCGAUCCGAGUCCUUCAGCAGCGGAGGGAUCCAGCAGGCCCGGACGCCGCCCAUGCACCGCUCCAUAGAGCCGCAGAUGGCUCACCUGGUGCAGGUGAAGAGUCACGGCCUGUCGGGCUCCCAGUCCCUGUACGACCCCCACGGCGUGUCCUCCGCCUCGCCCUCCCCCUCCCGGCCCCCCAUGCCCCGGCAGAACUCCGACCCCACGUCCGACACCCCCCCUCCCCCGCCGCUGUCCCGCCUGGCGCCCCCCCUGGACAAGCUGGACCGCAGCUCCUGGCUGCGGCAGGACGACGACGUGCCGCCCAAGGUUCCUCAGCGGACCACCUCCAUCUCUCCGGCUCUGGUCCGGAAGAACUCUCCUGGAAACGGACCGGGCCUCGGCCCGCGGGCCGGAGCGCACCUCAUCCGGGCCAGCAACCCUGACCUGAGGAGAACGGACCUCUCCAUGGAAACGGCGGUGAAGAGGACGAGCAGCGGCAGCUCCUCCAGUUCCAGCACCCCGAGCUCCCAGGGAGGCUCCAACGAGAGAGGUAACUCUAUUGCUAAGACCGACACGCUUUCCUCCCACGACGCCAAAGACGACAGCAGGGAGCUGACCCGGCCCAGCCGGCCCGCGAGUUAUAAGAAAGCUUUAGACGAGGACCUGACGGCUCUGGCCAAAGAGCUGAGAGAGCUGCGGCAGGGAGAGGAGACCAGCCGCCCGCCGGUCAAGGUCACGGACUACUCUUCAUCCAGCGAGGAGUCGCACAGCAGCGAGGAUGAGGAGGGAGAGGGCGGGGCUAAUGAUGGAUCGGUGGCCGUUAGCGACAUACCGCGGAUUAUGCCUCCGGCGAGUCAGAGCACCAACGAGUCCUUCGGCGUGAUGGGAGGCCAUAAUGACCCCACCGACGGCGACGUCAGCACGCAGGACAACACGCUCAUGAUGCGGGAGUACGGGAUGGGAGGCAGCGGCGGCUCCAAGGCGUCCUUCACCCCCUUCGUCGACCCCCGGGUGUACGGGACCUCGCCGACCGAAGACGAUGAGAAAAACUCUGCCGCAGCGUUGUUUGCUGACGAGCUGCUGAAGCAGGAGCAGGAGCAGGCGAGGCUCAACGAGGCCCGGAAGAUCUCGGUGGUCAACGUGAACCCGACCAACAUCCGGCCGCACAGCGACACGCCCGAGAUCAGAAAAUACAAGAAGCGCUUCAACUCUGAGAUCCUCUGCGCUGCUCUGUGGGGAGUGAAUCUGCUGGUGGGGACAGAAAACGGCCUGAUGCUGCUGGACCGAAGUGGCCAGGGAAAAGUUUACAACCUGAUUAACAGAAGACGCUUCCAGCAGAUGGACGUCCUGGAGGGACUCAACGUCCUGGUCACCAUCUCAGGGAAGAAGAACAAGCUGCGAGUUUACUACCUGUCCUGGCUGAGGAACAGGAUAUUACACAACGACCCGGAGGUGGAGAAGAAGCAGGGCUGGAUCACAGUGGGGGAGCUGGAGGGCUGCGUGCACUAUAAAGUCGUGAAAUACGAGAGGAUUAAAUUCCUGGUGAUCGCUCUGAAAAACUCAGUGGAAAUCUACGCCUGGGCACCAAAACCUUACCAUAAAUUUAUGGCCUUUAAGUCUUUCACCGAUCUGCAACAUCGCCCCCUGCUGGUGGAUUUAACUGUGGAGGAGGGCCAGAGGUUAAAGGUCAUCUAUGGCUCCACAGUAGGUUUCCAUGUGAUCGAUGUGGAUUCUGGAAACCCUUAUGACAUCUACAUCCCCUCACAUAUCCAGGGUCAGGUGACCCCGCACGCCAUCGUGGUCCUGCCCAAGACGGACGGCAUGGAGAUGCUGCUGUGCUACGAGGACGAGGGCGUCUACGUCAACACCUACGGCCGGAUCACCAAAGACGUGGUGCUGCAGUGGGGCGAGAUGCCCACGUCCGUCGCCUACAUCCACUCCAACCAGAUCAUGGGCUGGGGCGAGAAGGCCAUCGAGAUCCGCUCCGUCGAGACGGGACACCUCGACGGCGUUUUCAUGCACAAACGAGCUCAGCGCCUCAAGUUCUUGACGGAGAGAAACGACAAAGUUUUCUUCGCCUCGGUCCGCUCUGGAGGCAGCAGUCAGGUUUUCUUCAUGACCCUGAACAGAAGCUCCAUGAUGAACUGGUAACCUGCCCCGCCCCCCGCUGGGAGCCACGCCCCUUCGCCGGAGGGACGAUGGAGGACGGUGUUUGUGCGUGUUUAUAUGUGUGUGUGUACUCAUGGACGACGACGACACCAAGCCGCUCACUGGACUGCACAUCUGGAGGAGGUGCUGAACCGCAGCAGAGCGUCUCUACUUAGACAUCCUCACGCUGUAGGGGGCGCUGCAGGUCCUGUGGUUGCUGUGACUGCCUGCAGAGCAAAGGUGACCCCACAAGGUCGGCGCCCAGUCCAGUGCUGGGCCGGACCGAGAGUGGAUCUGGAGCCGUUAAGGACCUGACCAGGAGAAGCUCUUUGUGUAGCACAUCAGUGACUUUGAUCCAGGGUGUUCACACUGCGAGUGCACAGGCCUGCCUGCUGCAGGCUCUAGUUUAGUGAGUUAGCAAAGUAGCAUUAGACAAAAAAACCUGAGGAUCAGAUCAUAAAUGCACACAAUUUUAAGAUUGUUUUCAUCUCACAAAGCCAGGAUGAUUUAUUAUUUCUGUUUUAUUAGAUUCUGUCUGAAUUGCUCAGACUGAACCUGCUGGGAGUGAAAAUCCUUUUUGUUUCACUUUUGGGAGUAGAAAUGCACAACUUUAAGAAGCAACAAGCAAAACGCACCAGAAUAUGAAGCGAUUCAGAUUCUGGGCGCCUCCUCAUCAAAUCUGACAAUCUUAAAGGGACACCGACAGGAAAUCUUUGACCGUAACACAAAAAGAAUGUCGCAACAUUUCACUGUUUCAGCCAUCACCGAUUUUUUAAAACCUGCAGCAAAUUUUCAAUUUGAACUCUGGAAAAACACAAAAUCUAGUCUAGUGCAAAUAUCUUAGUGAAGAGAUAAUACAAAACCAACUUACAAGUCAGUUUUCAGCAAGAAAUAUCAGCUUUUUAAUUUAUAUACUUCCUUAAUAUUCUUUAAAAAGUUCUAGAUGAUUUCACUUAUAACAUGACGAUUCCCCAUGUUGUAAUGAAAUAAUUUACCGAUGAAACUAGAACCUUUUUAUCAAUAUUAAUGAAUUACUGGCUCCUAUUGCACUGUAAAAAGUCACUCUGAAGUUAGUUUGGUCUUAUUUCAAGUUUAUUAAGAUAUUUACACUAAAAACUAGACAAAAUAACUUUGUAGGUUUUUGUGUUUUGCAGUGAAAUGCAGUGAAUAUAACGACAGUUCACUGAUGAAAUGAUCAACGUUGCCCCUUCAAUGCACAUCUUCCAACACAUCAGCUUAACGCUGCAGUUUAACGAGCUAAACUCAGAAAACCAGAGAACGCAGACUUUCCUGCUUCAAAACAAAAAACAAUUAGAACUCAGUUCAGACUAAUAACUAAGAUAAAUAAUCAUAAAAUAUAAAGAGUGUGAUGUGUUUUGCAGCAUCAAAGCUCAGUAUGACGGCUUGAAUAAACUAUUUGCUCUUUAUUAGAUCACAAACUAUCAAACAUUUCAUGACAGUUUCUGAUUACUUUACAUGAGAAGUGAUAUAUUAUCACCUGUUAUUGGUUGUUUUCUCUCUUGAAGCAAAUUAAGUUUAUUUCCAAAAUAAAAUUUUAACUUCCAAAGAAGUUGGGACCUGAAUAAAGUGAACAGCUGAUUUCCAAUAGCUUUGUAGUUUAAAGCACUGCCUUGUUGCAUUAUUGAGCCAUAUUUUUCUUAUCAACUUCAUUUUUAAUAUGUUUUGUGUACAUAUAUAAAAACACGUAAAGACAAAAUUAGUUACAAAUAAUCCUCCCAAACAAGCUUUCUGCUUCUUUUAGAGGUUUUCUUGACUGUUUGAGCAAAAUAUAGCAGAUUACUUUUUUAUUUCUUCAUGAUGCAACAGAAACAACUUGACAAGCAUCAGAAGGAGGUAAAACACAAGGUGAAACACCAGCAUCCCUCCUUUGAGAUGCUCUUAGCUCACAGUGUGAACACUCGCUUUGAGUGAUGCUGCUGGAACGUCUGCCUCCUCCCAGAAAAUACCCAUAAUCCUUCAAACAAGCAACCACUGUCAGAGCGAGGGAUGGAGAUGUCACCCGUCUGCAGCUGUUUGGUUCCUGGCAGGAGGAGGAAGCUUGUAGAUAUUGUACUUUUGCUGCAGCAGCAACACAAUGACAGAAAUCUUCACGUCUUUUCUCACUGGAAGAACUCGUCCGUAGAAUAGUUGCAAACUUCUGGAAGGUGUUAUUUCUCCUGCCUUGUGUUAAAACCACUUUUUAUUUUCUGCUUGUUCUCCACUUUUGUAAAUACUCACACGGCUGUUUAAAGGCUGACAAAAACAAAAAGGGUUUUAUGAGAUUUGUUUUUAUUUCAUCCCUCUUUAAGUCAUUAUAACCUGGGACAUUUUUCUGAACAUUUCCAGGAACUAAAUGAGUUUAAUUUCGUUCAUUCAUGGCUGUUUAUUUAGUUUGCAUGAAGACAUACAUGUUGAACCGUCUUCACUUGUUAUGAAUUUCAGGUUUGAGACAAAACACUUGUUGGUUUUACAAUAGCAGAUGGACAAAAACCUGAAAAAUGUUAGCAUUUUGUGUUUUUUUGGUUGAAUAACAGUAAAGAUUGUACACUGGAGAAUUAUACAUCUUGGUGACAUUUAUUAUUAAUUUAGUUAUGUAAAAACCAAGCAGGUGCGUAGAUUUUGACUGUAAAUGCUGAGAUUAUGAGAGAAAACUGUUUCAUAUUUUACUUUAUUUCCUUUUAGUUGUUCAGAGAUCUUAAAGGAUGUGAUGAACAGACGCAGUUUCAGGCGCUUAAAUGUGCAGGAUGUUAGAGUUGAUCAUCAGCCUGUGAAUAAAGAGCAGGAGGCAAAGAAUCGAUAGAUUAAAAGAUAUUUAUACUGUAAUAAUUUACAUGAUGAUAAUAUCUUACUGAUCAUUUUAGAGGACAUAAAUAAUGUUCACUUAUCGAAGCUUAGUUGUCUUUCUACAGAAUAGAGAACAUAGCGAAUACUGUAAGAAUUUCUAAAAAAAAAAAAACAAUGUUUUUAUUGUGGUAUUAUUUGUAUUUCAAUUUUUUGUAUCAAGACUGUGAACGUGUGCGGCUGUGUGUCUGAGUGUGCAGGUGUGUGCACAGGUGUGUGACAUGCAUGUGAGCGAAUGUUUUCACCGCGCCUGAAUCGCUGGGAUCAGUCAGAAGACGACCGCCGUCCAGCAACACGCAUCUGUGAUGUUUGGAAAUCUACAAUAAAUGUCCUCUCCUUGUACAGCAGAAA